AUGCUGGUGGCCGGGCGCACCGACGGCUCCGUGGUCGUGUACGACGUGACGGCCCCGCCCCACGCCGCUGCCAUCUGCUCGUCGGCGGUCAAGGGGAAGCACCUCAUGCAGGUCACUCAGGUGAGAUGGGUCCGCACGCAGCCGGGGGAGGAACUCAGCUUCUUCUCCGUCUCCCUGGACGGCCGAGUGACGCAGUGGCACCUCCACUCCGCCUGCCUGGUUCACAGGGACGUCCUCGACUUCGCCUCCUGCAGACAGCCGACCAAACCGCACUCCUCGUCGGAUAAGGUGGUUCUGGAAGGAGCGGCCACCUGCAUAGACUUCCGCCCCGACCACGAGAAUAUAAUGCUUCUGGGGACGGACACAGGGGCGGUUUUCCAGUGCUCCGUCGCCUCCACCACCCACACUCUCUUCCGCUACCCUGCCCACACGUCCCCCGUCAGACAGGUGUCCUGGAAUACGCACCACCACGGGAUCUUCGUGACGUGUUCUCUCGACUGGAUGGUCAAAGUGUGGCAAUAUGAGUUUGUCUCCCCCCUCAUCCAGCUGGAUCUCGGCGGCGCGGUGGCUGGGGUAACUUGGACCCCACACAGCAGCAGCGUUUUCGUUGCGGUGACUGACGAGGGGCGCGUACACGUCUACGACUUGCAUGUACGUAAAUGCCAUCCUCUGUGCGUACAGGGCGUGGUUCAGAAGAAGAGGGGCGUGGUCACCUGUAUCGCCUUCAGUCCGUUUCAUCCCGUUAUCCUUGUGGGCGGAGACAGAGGGCGUCUGGUAUCCUUCAAGCUCUCCCCGAACCUCCGAAGACAGCCCAAGGAUGCGAAAGGAUGCGACGCCCAGCAACUGAAGGAGAUUGAAAUGUGCAAGAUGGAGAGGAUUAUUGCAACCACCAGGGGAUAGGGGCGUAAAUGUUUUUUUUGUCACUCUUGUUGUUAUUUUCAUAAUCAUCUUGAUUAUUAUAGUUAUGGUAAUGGUGAU